AUGGAGAAGUAUGACAAGGUUGUGCUGUUGCUGAUCGACGUCCAGCGAGCGUUCUUCAGCGACAUACCCCCCAUCGGGGCCGCCUUCCCCGACUUUCGGCACAACGUCGAGCGUCUGCUGGGGCUGUGCCGCAGCGACGAGGUGGGUAUCGAGGUUGUCCAUGUCCGGGCCGUGUACAACCCCGAGGUGAGCGCAUGGACAGCCUACUGGCACGCCCUCAACCCGGACAAGAAGACCGUCGUGACGGAAGAGCCCGAGGACUUCACUCGCGAGCUCCCGGGCGAGAAGGUCCUCCACAAGAACAACUUUGAUGGGUUCCUGAAUGCGGAGCUCGAUAAGUACCUGAAGGAAAAAGGCAAGACUCUGGUUGUGUGCUGCGGCCUCAUUACCUCUUGCUGCGUCCUGUUCACUACCAGCGGCGCGUUUAUGCGCGGCUAUAAGACGGUCGUGGUCGAAGACUGUUGCGGCGAUCGCACUGUGGAGAAGCACGAUAACACAAUGAACACCUAUGGCCACUACAUGUUCACUCGCGCCACCGUGGACACCCUGCUGGCUACAUGCGACCGGCUUCUUACUCUGUAG